AAAGAUUAGCUUACAAGCCUAACCGAGUGGAGGAAUCACAAUGGCGGGCCUUGGUCUAUUAUUGGAGCACUCCGAAGGCACGGGGAAAAAGUGAGAGGAACAAACUCAUUCGGAGCAAGAAAAAAUUUCAUCAUACCAUUGGCCGAACGAACUUUGCAUGUGUUAUGGAAAGGGAAAAGAAAAAGCAUAAUGGGAAGAAAAUGAGUUGUAUUGAAGUUUUUAAGGUUGCAUAUUCAAAGAAAGAUGGUCGACCAGUUAAUGAUGCUGUUGCACAAGCCUUGUCAGACAUGGAUGAACUUGUGUCACAAAUGCCAGAGUCUUCUAUGCAAUCUUCAUCUGUAGUAGAUGAAAUUUUCACUCAAGUCAUGGGACUGGAGUGA